ACUUUUUCGACGGACAAGUUUCAGACACGACUAAUUCAGGCGCAGAUUAAUCAAUUAAUAACGGUUUGGGCAACAAUUGUUCAACUUGUAUAAAUUCUUCGAGACAAGAAUGUGUCUAUACGCCAUGUGAUUAACAAAAAUAUCUAUUAAAUUUGUUUGUAUUCCAAAUAUGUAUUUUUAAAAAGUUGGUGUUUAUAAGGUACAGGAAAUUAUUUUGCAUAGGAUAUUAUUAUCUAUGACAACCGCUGGGAUAAAAACAAACUCGAUUCAAUUUAAUUAUUGUAAAUGUGAGAGUUUGUGUAUUUUAAAGAAUAUUAAAAAAAACAUUUAUAUACAUUUCCUUAAAACUUGUGAUCAUUUUGUACACAAAUAACAGUACUUAAAAUGGAUAUUUUCAGUUGUCCAAUUUUAGCCCAUCAGAUUAUUCACAUCAGAUAUUAACAGAUUUCUUGAACAAAACAGAAAUUGAAGAGAAGGGUUAGUACUGAUUAAAUUAUUUCUGUUCAUCCAAAAAACUCUGGCUGAAAAGAUGAUAAGAAGCAUAUCUCUAUAAAUGUGAAAAAGAACUAACUAUGCGAGAAGUAAACAAUUGGUGAUAACCCUUUAAAAUUUAGCUGUGUAAAAUGCUAUUAAUCAGUGUAAACAAUAUUAAUGUUUGUACCCCAGCGGCCAUGUUGAAUUUAAAGUGAUAGCGGAUUUCAAAACUUUAUUGGCUGGUGUUUGUUUAGUUGAUGUUAAUAUGAUAGUGUACUGGAAGUCGCUGUUACUCUUUGUGAUAACUUUGAUAAAACUAGGUAACACUUUGGAAUGUUACCACUGCCACCAAACAUCCCCCGAGUGUGUCAAUGGAGUCAAACGUUCUCUGCAAACCUCGAACUGCACGGAAACUAAGUGUUUCGUCUUGAAAUAUGAGACUGACAUGCCUGGGGUUACAGUUUUGGCUACAUAUCGGGGAUGUUACAAUAUGAAUCUGACUGAAAUGAUAAAAUUCGUUACUACCGAAGGGCACAAAGUGAGAAAGACCCACUUCCAUCUGUGUAACUACACUUUAUGCAACAGUGCUACCAGCAAUAUGAUUAACUUUUCGUAUUUUAUAGGUUUUAUAACAUAUUUUUUAAUUUCUUGAAGAAUGUAGUUAAUUAAUACUUACUAUGAAAUUUUGUAUUUUUGUAAUAAAGUAAACGUUGUUGAUUUUUCUA